GUUGCUGUCUGGAGGAGGAUCACACACCAGCAGCUCCGCCCUCGAUUAGUCGCCCUGGCUGAGUCCUGUUGUUGCUACAAGCAGCAUCAGCGAAUCAUCCCGAGGUGCAAAAUAGCGGAAAAUAAAUCUACCUUUUUUUUUUUUUUUUUAGCUUUGAAGGCGCAAAGGCAUCGAAUAAUUAAAUUGUCACCGGUGUCGAGAUUGAGGGGCGGAGAAGAGCUAUAGCUAGGCUGCCCGCCGUGCAGAUCCGUCACCCGCUCGGAAGUUAGCCCGACCAGCCCGCUUCACUGCCCGGGCAGCAGCGGCCAGGCAGUACCGCUCACCAACCAUGGCGCUGCGGGCUAGAGCCAUUUACGACUUCACCUCCGAGAACCCCGGCGAGGUGUCCGUGCGGGAGAACGAGAUAGUAAGUUUGUGCAGCGAGAAGGACAUCGAGGGCUGGCUGGAGGGGACCAACAGCAACGGCGAGAGGGGACUUAUCCCCGCGUCCUACGUGGAGAUCCUGCGGAGCGACAACAACAACACAUCUGGCUCCCGCUAUGCCAACGUACCGCCCGCGGGCUUGGACGGCUCCGGUCAGACCACGGUGGACAAUGUCCCGGACGCUGUCAAGGCGCCUCCACAGACCUACCAGCAGACCAGCGACGACGACUGGGACGACGACUGGGACGACAGUUCAACUGUGGCGGACGAGCCGGGAACUAUGGGCAGCAGGUACUACGAAGGAAACGGGCCGACCACUUACAGAGUGUCCACCGUCUGCAUGUCGAGAGGACAGCACCCCAAGAGCUCGGCGUCGGUCAGCAGGAAUUUGAACCGCUUCUCCACGUUCGUCAAGUCCGGCGGAGAAGCCUUCGUGCUGGGCGAGGCGGCGGGUUUCGUCAAAGACGGGGACAAGAUCUGCGUGGUGAUGGGACAGUACGGCCCGGAGUGGCAGGAGAACCCGUACCCGUUUUCCUGCGCAAUAGACGACCCCACCAAGCAGACCAAGUUCAAAGGCAUGAAGAGCUACAUGUCCUACAAGCUGACGCCCACGCACACCCAGGACCAGGUGCAUCGGCGCUACAAGCACUUUGACUGGCUCUACGCCCGCCUGGUGGAGAAGUUCCCCGUCAUCUCGGUGCCUCACAUCCCGGAGAAGCAGGCCACGGGCCGCUUUGAGGAGGACUUUAUCUCCAAGAGGAGAAAGGGUCUCAUCUGGUGGAUGAACCACAUGACCAGCCACCCCGUCCUGGCCCGCUGUGACGUCUUCCAGCACUUCCUCACCUGCAGCAGCACGGACGAGAAGGCCUGGAAGCUGGGCAAGAGGAAGGCCGAGAAGGACGAGAUGGUGGGCGCCAACUUCUUCCUCACCAUCAGCACGCCGCCCGCGCCUCUCGACUUCCAGGAGGUGGAGAGCAAGAUCGACGGCUUCAAGGCCUUCACCAAGAAGAUGGACGACAGUGCCCUGCAGCUCAACGCCACCGCCGCAGAAUUCGCCCGCAAGCAGAUGAGCGGCUUCAGGAAAGAGUACCAGAAGAUGGGCGUGUCCUUCAAGGUACUGAGUCAGGCCUUUGAGAUGGACCAGCAGGUCUACUCUGCUGGACUCAACCAAGCUAUUUUCUUCUCCGGGGACGCCUACGAGUCCAUCGGGGACUUCUUUGCAGAGCAGCCCAGCAGGGAUCUGGAUCCCGUUGUGGAUUUGGUGACACUUUAUCAGGGACACCUGGCCAACUACCCAGACAUCAUCCACGUACAGAAAGCUUCGGACAAUCCACUACACAAAUUGGCGUCACGAACUAGGAUGGUCCAGAACUCUGCAAGUCAACAUCCGCUCCCGGCUUCUCUCUCAGGCAGACAACGCUUGCACGCGCGCAUCUAAUAAAAGGUAAGCUAUUUUGCUUAUUGUGUAAAAGUUGUCUGUCUGAAGAGAAACGGGAUCGGUAAGAUGAAAACUGAAAUUUUUUUUCAUAAAAGAUAGGUUUAGUCAGGUUCUCCAAAAACAACCUGGACUGGGGUAAAUUAUGGUUGGAUUGAGUUGUUUUAUAUGUGAUCAUUUGUCUGUGUGUUUGUUGAAUAUUUGUGAUUUCUUGUUUUUAACAUUAGGGGAUUGUUGAUAGAAUUUUGGUGGUUUGGAGUGUAGAAGCACAGACGAUGUGAGACGAAAAUUUUCUUUUAACCUCUUCAUCCUCUGUCGUUGCUGGCAGAGGAUGCUUCUUUCUGCAAGUGCAUCAGAAUUAGCCAGAGUUGGACAAAGAUAAAUUUAAGGCAAGGGUUGCUAACUGGUGGCACAUUUGGCCCAUAUAAAAUUGAUACGUCUGUGAAAGUGCGAGACACCUGUCUAUGUGGAAACUGCAGCGGUCCCUAGUCCUUGUGACUCAGCGUGUAAAAAAGCCUCAUAUUAGGUGACCAUUCAGUGACUCCGGUAAAGGAGAUCAACUGAGCCAAGUUGUCACGAAUCUGUUUAAUGGCUGCAGAAUAGACAGGUGGCGUCUCGGGCUCCAUAUGGUAGAGCUUUGGUGAAACUUGGUGAAACUGUAUGGGACUGACCAGACACGAUGUCUGUAGGAUACUGGGUGAUUCCUGGUGGUCCUAUGGCGCCUUAGAGGCCAGUGAUCCGUGUUGGUCAGUUUGAUAACGCAGGUGCUGCUCCAAUGAAACGGGUUAAUCGCCGUUUUAUGAGCAAUGAUGGAACCUGGUUUUUGUGAUAUGAGACGGCCGAUUCCACAAAAGCACGCGUGCAUUAGUUGUUUAUAUUGGUCCGGACCAGGGGGGAGUGGUUUGUGGGAUAAAAAUGUGUGUGUUUUUUAAAUUUAUAUAUAUAUAUAUCUGCGUAUUUUAAUAACUUUUGUGUAGCACCUGGUUUCUUGUCUGGUUUAAUCCCCCCCUUCCUUCCCCCCCUCGCAACCUCCCCUCACGCUUUUUUCACAGCCCCGCUAUCUGUAAAAGUCUGGAAAUUGUCUAAAAUGUGUGUGCGUGUGAGAAAGUAGACAAAGUUUAUGUACAGAAAACAUAUGAGUGAAUGAUUUAUCCAUUUAAUUAUCUUAUUCCGCUCUCGGAGGUUGGAUCGCGGGGGCAGCAGCCUAAGCAGGGAAGUCCAGAAUACCCUCCUUAAACUUGACUAUUUGUCCAUCUAAGAGUGAAUGAUAAAUGUUGUUCUUAUUAUUAAGGUUCUGAUAUGAUACAGCUGUGCUUCUGGAUGAGAAAAAUAGUUGUCUAUUGCAUUUACUUUUAACUGUGCUGGUAAAUUCUCUGUGUGUGAGUGACUGUGUGACGCAUAUAAAAAAAAAAAGAAAAAAAAAAAAGCUGGGAGACAUUUUGAGAUAAGAGUGUGUGCGUGUGACGAGGCUGUGUGAGUGACAGCUGCGUGAGGCAUUGGUUCGAAGAGGAGUGACACUGAUAGCAUUGAGCUAGGUUAGCAUUGAGCUAGGAUAGCAUUGAGCUAGGUUAGCAUUGUGUUAGCAAAAGUUUGCUUACUGAGGCAUAGUAAGGCUAAGUUAGCAUCUAGCUUGGCAUUACUAAGUGUGGUUGAACAGUUAUUCUCGGUCUGUAGAGUGUGCUAGUAGUAGGUGCUUGCUAAGUCCAGUAAAAUAAUAGAUAUAUGGAAAAUUACACGUUUAAAUAUCAAUCAAUAAAUACGGAUUGUGGGACAUUGAAACAUUGUUUAAUUCAUCAUUCAUUUAUAUGUCUAGUAUACUUUUUUUUUGGUACAGCCUUGUUGCUUAUCUGAUCCAUCCAGUUUCUGUGUGGAAGUUGAGACAAACACACACGCACAAACAUCAUAGAUUAGGACACAUUGUAACUUUGAAUUAAUAGUUAUACAACAAAUAAAUUAAUAAUAUUGAAUUUAAAUUUGAGAAAGAUAAAUUGAUUAUACAUUGACAUUUUAAUUUUUUUUAGGAAUAAACACACAAUAAAAUAAAAGUUAAAUUUAUAUUCUAAUACAUCUAAGGGCAUCUGUGAAACAUAGAGUCUGAAGAAGUACAGAUAAGAGCCACUCAGCGCCAUUGUCAAAACAAAACGUAGAGAAGCGUUAAACAAAUUCUAAUCAGAAGGAAGACAGACCAAAAUAUGAGAACUUAAGUAAACAGACAGCAAGUAAACCAGAAAUAAUAAUGUAAAUAAAUAACAAAGAAAGCAAAUUUUUAUGUGACAUUGGUGCAUGUAGAAUUACAAAUAGAGAAUAAAACUAAAUGGAAAUAACUGUCUGCAAGAUGAGCAUGACGUCAUGAAUUGUGCUCGGGUUAGUAAUAGAUAGAUAGAUAGACAGAUAAAACGUUAUUGAUUCCUUCAGGAGAGUUCCCUUUGGAAGAAGAACUAAAAAGUAAACAGUAACUAAUAAGGGUAUAAAUGGAAACAAAAUAGAUUCUAUUAAAAGAGAAACUAGGCAUUAACGACCAUGAUAUAAAAAAGUAUUGCACUGUUAUUGUUUUGCAUUCCCUGUCAUCCUAGCCCCCCAAAGAGGAGUUGUACAGUGUAAUGAUGUAUGAGACAAAGGAUUUUUUAUAGGCUAAACCAGUAGUUCUCAAAGGAGGGUAUGGUGUUUCCGCUCGGACAAAAAAGGGAGGUACUUGAAGGUAUGCCAAGGGGUACCUGAGAUUUUAAAUAUUUUAAAAUAGCGACAAUUCAAAAUCCUUUAUAAAUAUAAUUAUAGAAGAAUAAUUCUUCAACAAAAUAAAUAUUUAGAAUUAAGUUCACGAGCCCAGAUGGAUCUCUAUUGCAAUAUCCAAAGAAGGUUGAUGAUUGAUUAUAUGUAUAGAAAUCUUUAUUAUAAUUUAAUCACUAUUUAAUUUUUAAAACGUUUUAGUUAUUCUUAUUUUUUUGUUUGUCCAAAUAAGUCAAGUAAGACCACAACAAAUGAGCAAUAUGGUGCACUGUUAUACAAUUUAAUAAAUCAGAAAAUAAUGACAUUAUGCUGUAUUUUAUUUCUUUAAUUUACUGGAAAAAAAAGGUUGAAAACCACUGCCCUAAAUCAUAUCUAAAGCUAAAAUUAUUUUAUAAGACUGAUUAUUUUGGAUUCGUAAAUAGUAUGCUGUUGAUUGUGGUUAGCUGCAAGUUUGUUUAUUUGUUUGUUUAGUUAUUUGAGUGAAAGGGGAAGAAAUCAAUAGGAAUAAUUACAUGCAAAAUGGAAUAAAACUAUGAGUGCGAUAGAUAAUGAAUGAAUAGAUGAAAUAAGUUUAUUUUGGUCAUGUAAUCAACCAUCAACCAAUUUGUGUGAGCAGUUUAACAGUAAAUUAGACAUAUUAACAAUCAUACACAUUUACACACAGAAAAGAAAAGAAAAAAGAAUGACCGAAAAAAAAAAAAAGAAUAGGCGGAAGCCAAAGCUUAUAUUGGCCUAUGAUAUACAAUUACUGAACAUUAAAUUACCUGGAACAUCAACGUUAAAAGAUGAAAGUAAUUGUUACUAUAUUGCAUAAUGUUAAAAAACUUUACUUUUCAAGGGUCUCUUAAACCAUAACAAAAAACUACAUGUGUUCAGCUCAUCACUGAGGAUGGUACAUCAUUUAACUCCUAAAACUGAAAUACAUUUGUGUUUUUAUUUUAUUUUACUUGACCUAUUUCAAAAAUCAAUAUCCCCCAUAAAUGAUAGUUUUCUCCUCAUAAUGUAAACAAGCUAAGAAUACAAACUGGAAGGCUGUUCUUUACUUGGAAACAUAAUUGCCAUUGUUUUAAAAUUAAAUUAUCUGAACAUUUAACACAUUAUGACUUAAAAAAUGGAUUGAUAUGAUCAUAAUAAUAAUGCUUUGUGUAAUAUUGAAAUGAGCCUUUUAAGUUUAAGUAUUGGGUCUAUAAUUCUUCUAUAAACAUUUCCCCAAACUUCAAAACAAUAUUACAUAUGGAAAAAUAAAUGAAUAAUAUAACAUGUGCAGACAUUUCUUAUUCAGCAUGUGUUUAACUUUAUACCGAAUAGCAAUGGAUUUGGAUAUUUUUCUUUAAUAUGUUCAAUAUGUGGCUUCCAACAUAUUAAUGAUCAAUUACUAUUCUCAAGAAUGUAGUUCAUAUACUCUGUCAAUUUCCACUUGAUUUAACUUUAAUUUUUGUUUCACAAUUUGACUUUGCACCCUGGGCAGGUCGCCACCUCAUCAAAGGGCCAACACAGAUAGAUAGACAGACAACAUUCACACACUAGGGCAAAUUUAGUCUUAUUAAUUACUACAUAUUGAGAUCUAUUACUUAAAAUAACUACUUAACCACUGUUGUGAAAUACCUUUCUAAUUUAUGGGAGUAUUGGGAUAGGAUUGAGGAAGAUGUCUGCUGUGGUGGUGGUUAGUUUUGAAAUUAAUUUAAUAAAAGUAACUUUAAAGUGCAGUCUGACAUUUUAGUUUGGAGUAAUUUAUAUUUUUAUUUACACAUUUCAGUACACCAUACUUCUGGAUGUUGAGCUAGAAGAGGAUAAUGGCAUGACAGAAUAAAGUUAGAAUUAAAGUUGGGGUGCCAGUGAUUGUCACACACACACUGGGUGUGGUGGAAUUUGUCCUCUGCAUUUGGCCCAUCCCCCGUGAUUGCCCCUGGGAGGUGGGGGAAUCAUGUUUGGUGAUUUGGCUCCCAAAUUUUUUGUAGUCUUUGGUGUGACUCGACCGGGGUUUUGAACUUGCGACCUGCCGAUCUCAGGGCGGACACUCUAACCACUAGGCCACUGAGAUGAAGUAGGCAAACCAAAUCUCAACAGCUUUCAGUUAGCUAUAGAUUUUGAGAGUAUAAUGCGAAUAACUAUAACUUUACAACUGUUUGCUGUGAAUAGUGUUGAAUAAUAAUUACAAAUAACAGCCUACAUUAAUAAUUAGAAUAAGAGCCGAUAUGUAAAGUUAAAAAAAAAAAAAAAAAAAAAAGAGAAGUGUGAUUAGGGCUGGCGCUUAGAGCAUGGCCUUGUAUGUUUGUUGUGAAUAGGUUAGAUAACCAGUCGGAGACAGACAAGGCAAGGACAAGACUCAAAGUGCUUCACAGACAACAAAGGGAAAUGAAAGAAAAUAAAAGCAAAAUUAAAAUGCAGACAAUAAAAAUAAACACAGUGCGGACGUUAAAAGUUAAAAGAUUAAAAGAUUUAGCUGAAAGAUAAGGAGAAACGUGAAUAAAAACAUUCCUUUGUUUUGGAGAGUAUCACGCACAGCGGGAGGUCAGAGUGCAAGCAUGACAGCUUGCUCGCGCCUACUGAUAGACAAAUGAUAGUUUAAAUUAACUUAUACAUAAUCUUUAAGUGAAUUAAAAGGGUACUUAAAUACACAUGAAGUAGUACGUAUAAUCUUUGAAUUAAGGUUAUUGAUUAGCAAUUAAUGGGAUAGUUAAAACUGUAAUUUAAAAAAAAAACGUGAUAUGCAAAAUUGAACUAACCGAGAGGAUAUGAAAAUGAUGGGUGUACAUGUUUUGAGUUCCAAAUUCUGGAGGAAAAAACCUCAACAAAACGUAAAACCAUUCAGACGGACUUGGGUGGUAGCCACGGUUGUGCUAGGUCAAGCGAGGGUGGAAAGGAUGUGCAGCCGGGGGACUGCCAGCUUCUCUGAACAAGACAAGCUCCAAAGUUGUAGCCAGAACAUGCUCACAAAAAAUACAGGUGUGACAGCAGGACGAACAGCAGGAUACAAACAGACCCCUGCUGGACAUAAGUGUCAACGGACAAUGUUCAACACAAUCUUUGAAGCAUUCCUUUGUGGUCAACCUGCACACACCUUGUAAUGACCUGCUUACGAACUGUGCCCUGACAAUUCAAUACCGCACAGAAGGAAAUUCCUGAUGUUGCCUGACAGCACGACAUCAGCGGACAACUAAUAGGGACGCCUCCCAGGAACGAGUGGAAGACGGGGACUGCUCCAACUGUCCUAGCACUAGCUGACUGAGGUGCGUCCGUGUGUCCUGCCACCCAAACCGCCAAAGUGUAUGAUCACCAAUUAGACGACUCAUAAUAGGAGCCUUUUGACUGUUAUAUAUGGUAGGACUCAAGGUAUGGCCGCUCAUGUGAACUAUCCUUACAACAAUUAGAAUGGUAUAAGAUGGACAACUAAUGACCCACAUUGUUCCCUCUGUCCUGCCUACGAAACCAAAAAUUUAGGUCAAAUGAUAAAACAGGGCGUAGCUGCCGCUGAUUGAACCGAUACGCUAAUACCACAUUUUCAAUUAUUUCGGUUGUCUGUUAAAAACAUAGCUAUUGGUUGCAAUUUGGACACUCCUGCUGUAGGCUACAAGGACCUAGCAGCUACACAACAGCUGAGCUAAAACAAAAUUUAAGCAUAUCAAAUAAUUGUAGUUGCUUAUUACAUACACAAAGUCGCAGAGAGACAGAAGUCUGUAGAAAGUAUUCAGUAACAAACGUGUCCGCAUUAUUAAACUUUCUACCACAGGAAACAUACUGAACAAAUCCAGCAGUUACUGUCAGACUCUAAUCCGGAUUACCUUGUCUAUCAGAGACAUGGUUAAAACCCACAACACCUUUCGUUCUAAUUAAUGUCCCGGGGGACAAGAUUACAGAAAAGACAGAUCGAGUGACAAAGGGGGGAGGAAUUAUGAUUUAUGAAAGGGAAAACAUUAAAAGUAGAUCAAUUUGAGUAUGUUGAAAUUAAAAUCACAUGUUCCUCAGAAAUGUAUUUCAAGGUAAUUGUAGUAUACCGACCGACCACAGCUAAAGACAUUUUUCUUGAUUCAUUUUCAGACAUCCUCAAACAGCAUAGUAUGACAGAAAUAACGUCAUGGGGGACGUUAAUCUGGACUGGUUAAAUAAGACGCGUAGAAAGAAACUUAAGGAUAUUAUAAACGGCUUCUACAUGAUACAAAUGAUAAGCAGCCCUACUAGAAUUACAAUUGGAUGACAAAAAUUAAAGAGAUCAUCUGUAAAUACACGAAUACAAAACCAGAAAGAAGAGUGCUAAAAUAAAAAUACCAUUGGAUUAAUAAAACAAUUUGGAUUCUAAUAAAGACAUCGGGACUCAGCUCUCAAAAGAGCAAUUAUAACAGGUCUAAAUACAGAUCGUAUGUUUUAAAAGUUUGGAAGAACAAGGUAACAAUGUUUAUGCGGAAGUCUAAGGCUGACUUUCAUUUAGAAUUAAUCAAAGCUGCAAAAGGGAACAAUAGAGAGUUAUGGAAAACCAGAUACAAACUUACGGGAAGAGAGCAAACAAGAAACAACACUAUAACAUUAAAUAUCAAUGGCGCUACUAUCGCAGACAGUCUGGACAUAAGUAAUAAUUUCAAUGAACAUUUCAUCCAGUCUGUACAAACCCUGAAUAAAAAUCCCUCAAAAUCAGUGCAAAUAAUUGUCAUUUAUUCAGGAUGGACUCAUUUUAGAAGUAACAAAUGAAACAAAGUUAAACAAAAUCUUCACUGCAUUAUCAGACUCACGAUCUAGAUAUAUAUAUAUGGGUUGGACACUAUCUUCCUAAAAACAUAUAAGGAUUGUAUUAUUGCUCGUAUAACAACGAUUGAUAAAUAAAUCAAUAACGGAAAACACUUUCCCUACCACGUGGAGAAACUGCUACUAUGAUUAAAUCCAUAAAGCAGGAAAUAAAGAAGACCAGAACAUGUACAGACCAAUUAGCCUUCUCCACGUUAUAACAAAAGGAAUAGAAAAUUUGAAAUAAAAAAAAAGGUGGCUUUGGAGCAAUCAAGGCUGCUCACACGGUCACUAAGAUGGGCAUUAUGUUGACACAUCAAUUUAAUGAGUAUUAUAUUUAUCCAUGAGAGCAUUUUUGUUGUAAAUUGUGAGGUAUGGCUGUUAAAAUCUUGGUUGUUUUUACGAAUGAUGACAGAUGUGAACAAGAGCAUGUAUGGUCUUUGUGUGAUGAUGUAAAUAAGGUGUGGUUGUAUUGUAUGGUAAGUAUGUGUCCAUGAAGGGGCAUUUGGUGACUUUUCUUAUAAUUGAAUACAUGCUACAGUAUGAUUAUUUUUGAUUAAUUAUUGAUUAUUAUGAAUGUAUAUAUUUAUUAUGAUUAAUUAGUGUCAUAAUUUUAUUGCUUGAUUUGUGGAUCCCCUUAAUUUAGGUAGCCAGGGACUACAGAUGGAAAGUAGCUAUUUAGAUAUAAUCUGGUACAGAACAUAUCUGUUUCUGAACUUAAUGUUUCUGUGCAUUGUCCCAUCAUAGAUAGACUAAAUUAAAUACAACUAUUUAGUGAAUUGUUGUGGCCACAAUAAUUCACUAGGUGUUGUAAAAUAUCAAAGUACUAUUGCAAAAGCGAACAGUGACCUCAAACAUGACCUGUCCUCCGCCUCUGUUCUUGCUGCACUUGACUAUCAGCUGUCUUUUCUUUUUCUUGGAUGUUUCUGAAACUACUAAUACUACUACUACUACUACUAUUACUAUUACUACGACUAACACUGUCCCUGUGAGAGGGACAGAGGGGGGAGGUGAGUUUGGAUUGGGUCAAGUUUGAGCGUGUUGAGGUUUUAUUUAAUCGAUAUGAUCAAGGAUAAAGGAACGUAAUGAUUUAGAUUGACAAUUGCAGUGGUUGGCGAAAGCAACCCCAACCUCAAAGGAGGGUGCCAAUUCAGUAAUUAAAUGUUUUGUGAAUGAUCUAAUAUCCCGACAUGGUUUCCCCAAAAAGAUUAGGUCAAACAACGGCACCUAUUUUAAGAAAACAGGUUAAUCUUCUUCAGUCACAAGAUCAGCACUUCUCAGGACCAGCAGCUUCCUAGGAAGGUGGAAAGACCAUGAGACCAAAAUGGUAAGUUUGCAAAAUGUAGAAUUUGUGUGCCAGUUCCUCUGUGCAGAUUUGAGGAUGAAAGCAGCCACUCCAGAUUCCCUUGCACUCGCUAAGAGGGGCACGGUCAAAGCCGAUCCAGGACCAACACCCGAUACCUGACUGGAAGGAACCGAGAGGAGAGACAACACCUUGCCAGCGAUGACGAGAACAACUAAGGUUGCCAGCCAAUGUGUCCACCGGGACUCCAGCAGCUGUGGAAAGAAGUGUCGGGAGUGCCGAAGCAGCGAGGAGGCCUGAAGCAAGCCGAGGGCCUGGACCAAAGCCCCACGCCCCAUACUCUGCCCCAGCCUUCCCCAAAGCCCCCACAGCUCCAACUCUACCUGAGUUUUCCCCAAUUUCGGCCAGCACGCACAUGCCACUGAACAGUCUGCCCAAUGGACUGAACCACACCCCAAGAAGAGACAGAGACAGACUGUUUGAGUGGAUCUCUUUCUUCACCAGGGCAGCCAAAAGCCCAACGAGGUGUCGGCAGGCCACCAGCCUGAGGCACCACCGAGCCAUCUAUACGAGCACUAAUCGAACAUGGACUCAUACGAAAUUCAGUUGUGUGUUCAAAAUCAAUUGAUAAUUAACAAUAUUGGUAACUACAUUCAUUGCAAAUGCCGGGAAAAAUAUUUUUGAAAAUGUCUUACAGUCAUAAGUCUAUAUACAUUCAUCUAUUUAUGUUCAAUGAUGUUCAUGAUCAAAGUAUUUGUUUUUCCUUUACUAAAUCAAAGGGUAGGCCACUAAUUGUGUUCUGUGAGAUGGUUUUACUGCAGGCUGGUAACAGCGAUCGCUCUGAAGGAGGGUCAUGGACGGAAUUUUUGCCUCGUAUAAAAACAUUGAGGUUUUUGCCUCUAUCUGCGGUAGAGAUUUAAGUUAGUGGUCUAUAUCAGAAAUUGUUUUGGUCCAGGGUCUUAAGACCCUGGAAGGAGGGUAUGUAGUAGAAUUUCUGACCUUUUGACCUAUAUUUCUUGUCUUUUAAGAAUGUCCGCUCAUUUUCAAUACUCUUGUAUUUUGUGCCAUUGAAUGGACCAGUUGUGGGACAAAAGUGAAUAUUGAGUCGUGCCAACCUGUCUACAGAAUUCGAGUUGUUAUGGAACAGAUAGGAAAAGCAAAACAAGACAUUGACGCAUUUGAUAAGGAACGAUGACGCACAACAGACAUAUAAAUGAAUGGCAGAAGACCGGAACUCGGGGGUGAUUUUGGCUGGUGUGUGUCUUGUGUGCUCUGGAGUACAUUGUGUCUGCUUGCACGGACAACUUAAUUCAACCUGCACUUCUGAUAAUGGGUAAAUAAAUUUGUUGUACUAAACUACUUUUGUUGCUUGCUUAAGCUUCGG